GCCCAUCUGCACGGUUAUAUCAGCGAGAGAAACACAAGGGAGCUUGUGAACACUGUCACUUUCAAAUGACAGGGACAUGUACUGACUAGACUGAAGAGCUGAAAAUAAUAGUCUCGUUUGCAGCCAGUUUACACACAGAAACAAUUGAUCGUGGUGGAUUAUAUUUUUCAAAAAAUAAGAUUAUGGAGGAAUCCAGUUCCGAAAAACUGGGGUGCGAUGGGAGCGCUAAAGCUGUGCAACAGUGCUUGACGGAUAUAUUCACCAGCGUCUAUACAACUUGUGACAUUCCAGAAAAUGCCAUUUUUGGACCUUGUGUUUUGAGUCACACUUCACUGUUUGACAGUAUUGCUUUUAUUGCUCUUAAAUCCACGGACAAGCGAACAGCACCCUAUAUAUUCAGGGUGGACACUUCUACAGCUAGCGGAUCAUCCGACAGUUUAAUGUGGCUGAGACUAGUCCAGUCGGCGAGGAACAGCGAGGAGCAGAACCUGGAGGCCUACGUGAAGAACGGACAGCUCUUCUAUAGGUCUCUGAGAAGGAUUGAGAAGGACGAGGAGCUGCUGGUGUGGUACGGAAAAGAUCUGGUCGAGCUGUUGCUUCUCAGCUCCGGCAAAGCGGAGGUGAAACACAAAGUUUUAGGGUCCCCACCUUAUCUAUGUCCAGACUGCAACCAGCGCUUCCAGUUUGAGUUCCCCUUCGCGGCACAUCUGCGAUUUCGUUGCUCUCGGAAGCCACAAAUCAACGGUGUGGACGAGGUUUCUAAAGACAAUGGCGGCAGUACGAGUCCCACGUCCACACCGUCGAGCCCCAAGAUGAGCAGAGGAGGACUGGAGGGCCAUUCCAAUUCACAGGAUGUAAAGCCUGCCACAGACUUUCACAAUUUAGCCAGGGACAUGGAGAAUAACCGGACAUGCCCCCCAAGUGACAAGGAGGCCGAGGUGCGGAGUAAAAGCGUCAGUAAGAGGAAAACCUCAGACAUGGAGGAAAGCAGAGCUGCUGGUUUGUCUCGGUCCCACAUGUCAAAGGACGACGCGGAGAUCAUGGCUCCACGAUACAUGCCGGCAUAUACUCUAGGAGAGAACAGACAGGCUUUUUCUUCACCGAGCCCUGAGCCCACUGAGGGAAAGAGGAGCGCCUUCACAGAAGUGAAGAAGAGCCAGAUGCAGGGCCAGAAGCAGGGCACCAAGAACCUGAGCUUCAACACCGAGAACAAAGAUGGCAGCAGGCCCAGUGGGAGCCCCCCGGAGAAACAUGCGCACAUCCGGCCGGUUCUGAUGGAGACUCAGCCCCAUUCUCGCAUGGACGACUCUUCUGUGGGCAGUGCUUUCAUGUCCGUGACCCAGCAGAUCACCAGUUCGGAAAGGAAAAGCGCCUUCAGCCAACCGACGCGCUCCUUCUCGCAGCUCUCCCCUCUGAUGAUGACCCCCAAACUCCUCCCCACGGUAGACUGCCACCCCGGCGUGGGGGACACCAUGUCACCCACUCGAAUGUACCAGUCCGACCCGCUAGCCGCUAAGCUGCAGAGUUCAGAACUGCUACAGAGCACCCUCCCCAAGCACAGCCCCUUUAUUUACGCCACGGCCUUCUGGCCUAAGACGUCCGGACCGAUUCAGAUGCAGAUGCCCUCUGCGCUCACCCUCCUUCCCCCCACGUUCACCUCGCUCUGUCUACCUGCUCAGAACUGGUGCGCCAAAUGCAACGCCUCCUUCCGCAUGACGUCUGACCUGGUGUACCACAUGAGGUCUCACCACAAGAAGGAGUUCUCCAUGGAGCCCCUGGUGAAGCGGCGGAGGGAGGAGAAGCUGAAAUGCCCCAUCUGUAAUGAGUCCUUCCGAGAGCGACACCAUCUCUCACGCCAUAUGACGUCCCAUAACUGACAGCUUGUUCACAGUCUUGGACAGGGGAUCGCGGUUUUUCUGUGUUUUGUUUUGGGAAUAUGAUCAAACUGGAGGUAUAUCCCUGAUGCACAUGCUUUCACUUUAAAAAAAAAAGAAUCUUUCCUUACCAGAUGUCAUGUUUUAAGGUAUGCAAAUUGCAUUUUGACAAAAGAAAUCUAUUUAUUGCAUAGAGCACUUAUAAUUUGGUUAAAAAAGGGAAACAAAUGAUUACACUUGUUUUACUAUAAAGAAAAUAAACAAACAUGGAAUUACGUUACAAUGCUUUUAUUAUUUUUCAGGCUUAUACAAAAUGGUUAUACAUAUUUAAGUCAAAUGGGAUUCUUACAUCAAUCUAUAUUUGAAAGUGCAUGUAAUUUAUUUAAUAGAUAUGGAUUUAAAUUGCAGUCUUCAGUGUAAAUAACUACUGCUUUGACUGAACCGUGUAAUAUUUUGUGUCAGUGAGGAAUAAUUUAGUUACUUUUUUUCUGAAAUUACCUGAGGGUUUAUCUAAUGUGGUGAAUGCUUUGACAAUAAAAUAGCUUUAUUUUCAUCCAAA